AUGGCAACAAAGAAAAAAUCCACGGACGAUAAUAGUGAUUCAUCUGAAGAUGCACGUCAUGCAUUUGGAAUUUCCGUUCAAGAAUUAGAAACAUUAAUACGAACACGAGGUCAUGAAGGUGCUAAAGAACUUAAUGAAACUUAUGGUGGUCUUAAUGGUAUUGGACGAAAGCUCAAAACAAAUUUAAUAAAUGGUUUAUCUGGUGAUAACAAUGAUUUAUCAGCACGUAUAGCUGCAUUCGGUCGUAAUAAAAUUCCACCAAAACCACGAAGAACAAUUCUUCGUCUUGUGCUUGAUGCUUUACUAGAUGUUAGAUUUGUUAGACCUAUUAUAUUUGCUGGCAUUCUAUUUGCUUUAUCAUUUUAUUAUCCAAGUGGAGACACAUUUGAACCUGAAGGAAAACCAACGGAAGCAAAUGUUGCAUGGAUUGAAUGUAUAAUAAUUAUUAUUGCCAUAUCUAUAGCUGUUCUCGUAACAGCAUUUAAUGACUGGACAAAAGAACGACAAUUUCGUGAUCUUCAAUCAAUAAUUGAACUUGAUCAAAAAUUUAAUGUUAUUAGAGAAAGUCAAGUACACCAAAUUCCAAUAAAAGAUAUUGUUGUUGGUGAUAUAUGUCAAAUUAAAUAUGGAGAUUUAUUACCAGUUGAUGGUGUUGUUGUACAAUCAAAUGAUCUCAAAGUUGAUGAAUCAUCAUUAACUGGAGAAAUAGAUUUAAUUAGAAAAGAUGAGUCAGAAGAUCCAUUUCUUCUUUCGGGUACGCAUAUUAUGGAAGGUAAUGGUAAAAUGUUAGUUUUGGCUGUUGGUGAACAUAGUCAAAUGGGAAUAAUAAAAAAAUUACUGGGCGCACCCAAAGAAGAAAAUAAUGAUAAUAAUAAACAAAAUACAACUACCGAUGCAGAUGUUGGCAAACGUCAAGUAAAAUUAGAAUCGACAACUGCAGAUGCAGCUGUUAACAAUCAAGAUACAACUAAAUUACAAGAAAUUAUACCUGAUAAUACCAAUCAAGCAAAUAAUGACGAUGAUCCUGAUCAUUUUAAAUUUGAAGAACGACCAAGUUUACAAGCAAAAUUAACAGAAUUAGCUAAUCAAAUUACAUAUGCAGGUAAAAAUUAA